AUGCAGGUGGCACAGGAUGAAGAGGGCCUUGCUGGCCAACCCUGGUACCAUGGCCCCCUGUCCCGCGAGAAGGCUGAAGCUCUUCUUCAGCAAGAUGGCGACUUCCUGGUUCGUGCCUCUAGGUCCCGUGGGGGCCACCCUGUGAUCUCCUGCCGCUGGCAGGGCACGACCCUACACUUCGAGGUCUUCCGUGUGGCCCUGCGUCCCCGACCGGGUCGGCCCACAGCCCUCUUUCAGCUGGAGGAUGAGCAAUUCUCCAGCAUGCCCGCCCUGGUUCACAGUUACGUGACGGGCCAGCGGCCACUGUCUCGGGCCACAGGGGCUGUGGCCUCCAGGCCUGUGACUCGGCAGGGGCCUCUGCAGCGCAGCUUUAGUGAGGAUACCCUUAUGGACAGCACAGCUCGGAUAGAGCAUUUCAGGGCUAGGAAAUGGAGCAACAGUCAGCCUGCAGAUUUGGAGCAUGUGAGGUGGUCAAGAGAAGACCACUCUGGACCAGGAGCCUCCACUAUGCCCAUAUCUGCCCUGCCCAGGACGGGCAGUGACCCCGUAUUGCUGAAGGUCCCAGCUCUCCUGGGAACCAUUGCUGACAGUCUCAGGGCCUCCGACGGACAGCUUCAUGCCAAGGCACCGACCAAGCCCUUCCGGACACCCUCACUGGCACUGCCUGAUGCCUCUGGACGCCCCCCAACGUACUGUGAGCUGGUGCCCCAAGUGCCCAGUACCCAAGGAACACGCCCUGGCCAAAGCUGCCCAGAGCCAGAGGCCCCAUGGUGGGAGGCCCAGGAAGAAGAGGAGGAGGAGGACAGAUGUUUUACAAGACCACAGGCUGAAGUCUCUUUCUGUCCCCCUGACAAUCCCUCCUGCCUGCUGGGGCUUCGGAAUCGGCCCCUGGAACCCGAAGUCCUGCAUACACUCCGUGGCCUGUUCCUGGAGCACCAUCCUGGCAGCACCGCUCUCCAUCUGCUAUUGGUCGACUGUCAGGCUGCAGGCCUCCUGGGAGUGACCAAGGUUCAGCGGGUGGCCAUGGGGGUCGCCUCCGGCCUGGAGCUGCUCACGCUUCCUCAUGGGCAUCGCUUGAGGUUGGAACUACUGGAGAGGCAUGAGGCGCUGGCGCUGGCCGGGGCGCUGGUGGUGCUGGGCUGCACUGGACCAUUGGAGGAGCGCGCAACCGCACUGAGGGGCCUUGUGGAGCUGGCCCUGGCGCUGCGGCCAGGGGCGGCAGGGGACCUGCCCGGGCUGGCCGCGGUCAUGGGCGCCCUGCUCAUGCCCCAAGUGUCCCGGUUGGAGCGCACGUGGCGCCAGUUCCGAAGGAGCCACACGGAGGCUGCGCUGGCCUUUGAGCAGGAGCUGAAGCCGCUGAUGCGGUCCCUGGAUGAGGCCACCGGACCCUGCGACCCAGGCGUGGUGGCGCUGCCGCACGUGGCACCCGCCGUGCGCCUGCUGGAGGGCGAGGAGCUCCCGGGGCCGUUAGACGAGAGCGGCGAGCUGCUGCUGCGCGCCCUGCACAGGGCGCGUCGGGUGGCCCGGGACGCGCCCAAAUUCCGCGAGGCGGCGGCCGGGCGCCUGCGAGGAUUCCGGCCUAACCCGGAGCUGAGGGAAGCCCUCACCACUGGCUUUGUGCGGAGGCUGCUCUGGGGGAGUCGGGGCGCGGGGGCACCGCGAUCCGAACGCCUGGAGAAGUUCCAGCGGGUCCUCAGCGUCCUGUCCCAGCGCCUGGAGCCUGACUGCUGA